AUGGUAGCCAACAAAAGAGAGCUUCCUCCCAAGGAAGCCCAAGUAUUUAGAAAUCUUUUGAAAAACUAUGAGCUUCGUGAAUACAAAAAAGGUUUAAAGCUGGCUGAAGGUAUUCUUAAAAAAUAUCCUGAUCAUGGUGAAACUAUGGCAAUGAAGGGGUUGUUUUUGAACAAUCUUCAAAAGAAAGAAGAGGGUUACGAAUAUGUCAAAAAGGGUCUUCUGAAGGAUCUCACCUCUCAUAUUUGCUGGCAUGUGUACGGUCUUUUGUAUCGUGCCGAUAAAAACUAUGAGGAAGCUGCCAAGUGUUAUGCGAAUGCCUUGAAGUUCAACAAGAACGACUUUAACAUUCUGCGUGAUUAUGCUAUUCUCCAAACUCAAAUGCGUCACUAUGAUGCAUUGGUUGACACGCGCACCAAAUUGUUAGAAGCUAAACCUCAGAAUCCCCCCUUUUGGCUUGGAUUGGCUAUUGCUUACCAACUCGUCAAUGAACCUCAAAACGGUGUCAAGGUUUUGAACACUCACGCUGAAUCCAAUGUUCCUGCUGCCACCACUGAUUUCGAAAAAUCCGAAUUACUCAUGUAUCAUAACAUGUUAUUAGAAGAAACAGGUGACUUCCAAAGCGCUUUGGAUCAUCUUAACGAAAUCGAGCCUCAAGUGACAGACAAGAGAGCAUGGAAAGAGAAGAAUGCAUUGUAUCUGGGAAAAUUGGGUAGAAAGGAAGAGGCCGAGAAAGCUUAUCGCAUUUUAAUCAGUGAGAAUCCUCACAACAUUGCUUACAUCACCGAACUUUUGUCUCUCAAGGAAAAGAGUGAAAUCAAUGGUCUUCUCGGCGAUCUUUUCACUCAAUAUCCACGCUCCAAGGCUAUUGAACAUUUGAUCCUUGAGCAUGCCGAAGGCGAUUCCUUCAAGGUCAAGGUUGAAGCUUCUCUUCAGAACGGUUUGAGAAAAGGCAUCCCAUCUUUGUUUGCCUCCAUGAAGAGAUAUUAUGCCGAUGCCGAGAAGAGACGUAUCAUUGAAGAGCUUGUUGCUGGCUAUCUUGCCUCUUUGGAAAAGAAUGGUACGUUUGGCGCUGAUUCUGCAAAGGAACCUCCUACUGCUUUACUGUGGACUUUAUACUACGUUGCUAAGCAACAUGAUUUCCAUAAGGAAAAUGAAAAGGCUCUUGAGGUUAUCAACAAGGCUAUUGACCACACGCCUACUGUUGUGGAGCUCUACAUGACAAAGGGUAGAAUUUUGAAGCAUGCUGGUCAAGUCGAGAUGGCAUCCAAGAUUAUGAACGAAGCUCGUGAAAUGGAUUUGCAAGAUCGCUUUAUCAACUCCAAGUGUGCCAAGUAUCUUUUGCGUGCUGGCCAUAUUGAGGAAGCUGAACGUGUUUUGGGUCUCUUCACUCGUAAGGAUGUUGCUACUGUUCAAGACUUAACUGACAUGCAGUGUCAAUGGUUUAUGGCUGAGGAAGGCAAUGCUUACCUCCGCAAGAAGGAUUACGGCAAGGCUUUAAAGCGUUUCCAUAGUUUGGAGAAGUUCUAUGUUGAUUACUUUGAUGAUCAAUUUGAUUUCCACAGCUACUGUUUGCGUAAACUGACUCUUCGUGCUUAUGUGAGUGCCUUGCGCUGGGAAGAUAAACUCAGAGCCCAUCCUUUCUACCUCAAGGCUGCUAAGGGCGCUGUUGAAGCUUAUUUGGCUCUUGCUGAUAAGCCCAAGGAGAAUGUUGAGAUUGACGAGGCCAACAUGACUGAAGCAGAGAAGAAGAAGGCCAGAAAUAAGGCUCGUAAGGCUGCUUUGAAGGCACAACAAGAUGCUGAGGCCAAGAAGAUCCAAAUCAAGGAAGAAGCUGCUAAACACAAGCAUGAUAAGAAGCCCGUUGAUGAAGACCCCGAAGGAGACAAAUACCUCAACACCGAGAAACCCCUAGAAGAUGCUCUUCAAUUUGUAAAGCCAUUAGAGUUAUUAGCGCCUAACAACGUUGAAGUCCAUGCUCUUGGUUUCGAGAUUUACAUUCGCCAACAAAGAUACUUGUUAGCUGCCAAAUCUCUCUCCAAGAUUGCCAAGAUUGACAAGAGCAGCGUCAAUUUUAAGGCCAACUUAGAUAAGCUUGAGGCUGCCGUUAAGGCUCACGCUGAUUUGGAUCCCAAGAUUAAGCAGGUUAUUGAUUUUCAACUUGCUGAAAUUAAAAAAGCUUAA